CUGGGCGGGUGCCCCCCCCCGGUGCCAUGGCGGAUGGGGCCUCGCUCCCCAUGGGCGACUGGCUCCGUGCCCUCCAUCUGGAGCAGUACGCCGAGAACUUCGAGCGGAACGAACUGUGGCGCGUCUCGGACUGCCAGCACCUGUCGGACGAGGCCCUGACCCGCCUGGGCAUCCUUCUCCCGGGGCACCGAAGGCGCAUCCUCUCUGGGCUCCUAAAGGCCUUCACGGAGGCGCUGCCCGCCAUGGACGCCCCCAAACUGCCCCCCAGGAGGCCGGUCCCCAUGAAACGCAACAUCUUCCGCGCCGGCGCUGCGACUGCUGCUUCCUCCGCGGAGCAGGAGGCUGGGAGCGACUCGGCGACGGAAGCGUCGCCCCCUCGCCGGGAGCUGGAGGCGGCCCCCAUCCCGCCGCCCAUCCCUCCCCGCACGAGCUGUCACCCGCCGGUGAAGUUUUCCUCUACUGCUACGUCUGAACUUCCCGCAGGCCCUUCUCUUUUGGAGUUCACGUCUCCGGCGAUGCCGCCGGCGAGAGGCAGGCUCAGCCCGGAUGUUGCGGCCGCGGAAGAGACGGGGAACCCUCCUCUGCCCCCUCUGCCUGCCAAGCGCCACCAUCUGGAGGGCAAGCCCCCCACCCAAAAGGCCCCUCCGGUGCCUAGCCGCCCUCCCACGCUGCCCCCCAGGGGCCCACCCCAGAAAGCAGCGGCCAGUCCUCCCGUGAAAGACCACCUGCAAGACCCCGAGCAGCCGCCCGCCCUCUUCCCCCGCCUGAAGAUCGUGGAGCGGAUCGACGCCCCCGAGACGCCUUUAAAGCCCCCCCUCCUCUUCCAGACGGACUUCGAUGAUUCUGAUUAUGAAGAUCCCCCGUUUGAGGAGGAAAUAGAAGCUCUGGCAGAAGAAAUGACUGACAAGGAGGACGUGGCGGUGGAGUCGACACCGGAGAAACGUCGCUCUGCCCGUUUCAGCAGCCUGAUGAGCGAAGACGAGCUGAUUGAGGAUUAUUUCAAGGAGGAAUCCCCCACCAGCAGCAACCACUGGAAUGACUGCGGGCCGAACUCGUAUCCCGGCAGCACUCUGUCCUUCAGCACCUUGAGCCUCCACGGCGACGGGAUGAACAGGACGGACUCGUCCUCUCAGUUGUCGCCCGUCAUCAAGGCGGGCUGGCUGGAUAAGAACCCACCGCAGGGGUCCUAUAUCUACCAGAAGCGAUGGGUGAAAUUGGAUAGCGACAACCUCCGCUACUUUGACAGUGAGAAGGAUGUUUACUCCAAACGCCUCAUCCCCAUAUGCUGUAUUACUCGUGUGGCCAGUAUCGGGGACCAGAAAUUUGAGGUGAUCACCAACAACCGGACCUUUGCUUUCCGGGCUGAGAGUGAUGCGGAUCGCAACGAGUGGAUCAGGGCCCUCCAGAAGAUAGUGGACGAGAAGAAGUCGAGGUGUUUGGACAGAGCGUCCGCCUUCCAGGUGCCCGGCGGCAGUUUCGACUCGGUGGACAAGAGCGGCCACUUGGAGCUGCGGGGGUUUAAAAACAGGCUGUACGUCGCGGUGGCCGGGGAGAAAGUCUUCCUCUACAAGAACGCAGAGGAAUUCCGCCUGGGCAUCGGGAUCACCUACAUCGAAAUGAACGUGGGAAACGUCAAGGAUGUGGACCGGAGGGGCUUUGACUUGACCACACCCUACCGGAUCUUCAGCUUCGUUGCAGAAUCCGACCAGGAGAAGGAGGAAUGGGUGGAGGCCAUGCAACAGUCCAUCGCCGAGGCGCUGUCCAACUUCGAGGUGGCCGAGAGGAUUUGGAAGGUGGAAGAAAACUGCUUCUGCGCUGACUGCGGCUCCCCAAAACCUGACUGGGGCUCCAUCAACCUCUGUGUGGUCAUCUGCAAGAGAUGCGCAGGAGAACACCGCGGACUGGGACCCAAUGUCACCAAAGUACGGAGCCUCAAAAUGGAUAAGAAAGUCUGGACGGAGGAGCUGAUCGAGCUCUUCCUGCAGAUCGGCAACGCAGUGGCCAACCAGUUCUGGGCGGCCAACGUCCCCCCCAGCGAGGCAGUCCACCCCAGGAGCGACAGCCAGGAAAGGCGCCGCUUCCUCGUGGCGAAGUACAGGGAAGGGAAAUACCGCCGCUACCACCCGCUCUUUGGCAACCAAGAGGAGCUCAACAAGGCUCUGUGCGCAGCCGUGACCACCAGUGACCUGGCGGAGACGCUGUCCCUCUUGUUCUGCGGCGCCGAGAUCAACUGCUACACGGGCGACCCCGCCUACCCGUCGCCCGUCGCCUUAGCGGAGCAGGCCGGCCGGAGGCUUCAGGUGGAGUUUCUGAUUCACAACAAGACCUCCGAGACCCCUCAGCUGGAUAUGGGCACCAACAUCGAGAAGCACUAUUCCAUCAUCCUGCCUUCCGUCGCUCACAACGGCUUCCUCUACAAGGCGCCCUCCAUGGCCAAGCUGGUCCACGAACGGAAAUCCCGGGAAGAGUUCAGCCGCCGCUGGUGCUGCCUCCACGAUGGCAUCUUCAGCUACUACGACAACAACACCAGCACCGUGCCGAACGGAGAGAUCCGGAUGCAGGAGGUGGCCUGCCUGGUCAAUAACCCCCCGGAGGCCCACGGGUUCGCCAACACUUUCGAGGUCUAUAUAGAAGCGGAGAGACUCUAUCUCUUUGGACUGGACUGUCCCGACGCCAUCCGGGAGUGGGUCAAAUGCAUCGGAAAGUCCUUCGUCCCCCCGGCUGCCGACGGCUUGCUUUCCCGCGACUUUGAGCGCCUCGGCCGCCUGCAGUACAAGGGCGGCCUGAACCUGGAGCGGGCCAAGGAGGGCUGGUUCGCGCUGGCGCAGGGCACCCUCUAUGCCUACCUGGAAGGCAGCGAGAAGGAGGAGGCCGUGCACCUGAGGAAGCUGCAGGAGCUCUCCAUCCAGGGAGACAAUGAAGUUCUUGUGCUGGUGGAGAGGAGAAGGACGCUCUACAUCCAAGGCGAGAGGAAACUGGACUUCCUGGGUUGGGUCAACGCCAUCCAAAAGGCGGCUGGAAGCUCUGGGGACACCUUGUCCGAACAGCAGCUCACAGACACAGACGUCCCCAUCAUUGUGGACAGGUGCAUCGAUUACAUCACGCAGUGCGGGCUGACCUCGGAAGGAAUCUAUCGGAAGAGCGGACAGAACUCCAAGACGACGGGCCUCUUGGAGAACCUCCGCAAGGACGCCCGCAGGGUCCGGCUCAAGGAAGGGGAGCACCAGGUGGACGACGUGGCCAACACCCUCAAGAGAUUCUUCCGGGACGUUGAAGACGGGCUCUUCACCAAAGAUUCCUCCCCGGCUUGGCUGAAGGCAACAGCCAUCGAAGACGACAAGGAGAAGGUCGGACGCUAUCGGAAGCUCCUCAACAGCCUCCCUGCGGUCAACAGAGCCACGGUGAAAGCGCUCAUCAAUCACCUGUACAGGGUCCAGUGCUUCUCGGAAAUGAACCAGAUGACCACCCACAACCUGGCCAUUGUCUUUGGGCCGACGCUCUUCCAGACGGACGGCAAGGACUACAAGGCGGGGCGCGUGGUGGAAGACCUCAUACGGUGCUACGUGGACAUUUUCAGCGUGGACGAGGAGGAGAUGAGGAAGCAGCAGGAGGAGAUCACCGCCAUCAUGAAGAUGCGUGAGGCCGGUUCCUCCAGUGCGACGCAGCAAGCCGGAGACUUCAUCUGCACGGUGUACCUGGAGGAGAAGAGGACGGAAGCAGAGCAGCACAUCAAGAUCCCGGCCACCAUGACUGCGGAAGAGCUGACCUUCGAAAUCUUGGACCGGCGGAAAAUCGUCAUGAGGGAGAAAGAGUUCUGGAGCUGCUUCGAAGUCAACGAGCGAGAGGAGGCAGAACGGCCUCUGCACUACAGCGAGAAAGUCCUUCCCAUCUUGCACAGCCUGGGCAAGGACAGCUACCUGGUGGUGAAGAAACAGCUCUCGAUGGAGAACAUGCUUCUCUAUCUAGCCAGCAAGGUGGGCGACAGCAAACAUGGAAUGAUGAAGUUCCGGGAGGAGAAGAACGUGCUGGGCUUGGGGCUCAGCACCGGAUUCCACGACCGAUACUUCAUCCUCAACAGCAGCUUCCUGCGCCUCUACAAGGAAGUCCGGAGCCACAAACCAGAGAAAGAGUGGCCAGUGAAGAACCUGAAGAUCUACCUGGGAAUAAAGAAGAAAGUCCGUCCUCCGAGCUGCUGGGGGUUCACUGUCUUCUUUGAGAACGAGAAGCUGGAGAAGCAGCAAUGGUAUCUCUGCUGUGACACGCAGAUGGAGUUGCGGGGCUGGUUUGCCACGUUCCUCUCUGUGCAGCACGGCGGGAACAUCUGGCCGCCGGAUUCCUCCAAGGUCCGGGCGUCCCGGACGCAGCAGGAUUCCCGGCUGGGGAACAUCUCCCUGAUCCCUCUGCGAGGCAACGAGAACGAGAUGAGGAACAGCGUCGCGGCUUUCGCAGCCGACCCACUGACGCUCCUUCGGGAUGUAUGAAACCGGACACCGAGCGUGGCAGGAUGGUUAGCCAAAGUCCAAGGAGGUGAAGGAGCCGUCCAGAAACGAAGAGCUCUUGGCUGGUCCAGUGGGGAAGGGAGGGGGGGAUGCUCAGGAACAAAACCUGCCCUUUGGGGACUCCCCAUCUCCCUGCAAGGCUGAGCCGAGGACUCCCAUAGGGAAGGGAGGGAGGUUUCUUCAAGGACAGCCCUGGAGACGGUUCCCCAGGAGGCUGGGACAUUGAUCAGCCGACUGGAGAAGGAGCACCGU